CAAGACCACAUGAUCUGUGCGAACAGCAGACGCUAUCCACGGCCGCAUGUUUUUCAAUAUCGUGGUUUCAAAUUACUAAUCGAUUUGUCGCGUGAAACAGCUGCUGACAGCUUAUAAUGAAGCUCCCAAGGGACAAAUACGAGUUGGUACGCCGGCGACAUGACCCCAAUACCGCACGCUAAUCGGUUUUUGGUGACCGUGCACGUCUUUUCGCUGCUUGCUUUUGGAUGCAAAGAAGGAAGUCGUAACCAAAUGAAGCAAUGAACCUUUGGGACACCAUCUGUGCAGCGAAGGAUGGGACCCUGGUCAUCUGGGAAGGGAACCAUCUGAGCCGCUGCUUCCUAGACCUCCUCGCAAGCGGUGUACAUGCCCUAGUUGCAGUGAUCAGCGUUUACUACGCCGGUGCCCGCCAGAUCGCUCUCCGCCGCGAGCACCAGCUCGUUCACUUGCUGCCGUCAACAUGGCGGACUCACCUGCGCAAGUUGUGCUGCUCCAUUCUCCUGCUGCGCCCUGUCAUUCACCUCAUAAUGUCCCAGCUCAUUCUUGGCGAGUUCAUGGCGCCAUCUACGAUGCUGCACAUCGGUGCUGUCAUCUUGGCCUGGACGGUCCACUUCUUCUACUUGCAGACUCUCACGAACCCACUGCCGCGACAUCGUCGGUUUGUCGGUGAGGUACCCGUAAUCUUUGCCGUGACUACGUCUGGACUGUGUGCAACAUUUCGUGUGUCUGCGCUGCUCUCGCUGAGUGAGUCUGAGCGUGGCUCUGAGCUGUCAUUUCAAGCUGACUUGUAUGCGAAUGUUGCGAGUGCACUCGCCUGUGCCUUCUACCUCACAGCUGCUGUGCACUGCUCCAGCACUGCCGUCGAGACACCACCUCGGACACCGGGCCGCGAGUCGCCAUCGUCUGUACAUAGCUAUGUUCGUCUUCUGGAAGCAGACGACGAUGCCCGACAGCUUGGAACAGCAGAGGACACCAACAUUUUCUCGCUUCUCACUUUUUGGUGGGUCGGACGGUUGAUGCGCCGUGGCUACAGGGGCCACAUUCAAGAACCCGAUGACCUGCAUGACCUCCCAGUCAGCCUGAGGCCAGGAGAGGUCAUUCGAGGACUUUACCGGAAGGUAGACACCUCAGGCUCACUGCCAAGUCUUCUUGUGCUGUUCCACCGUUGUGUCGGCCAACAGUACUAUGCCAUUGGAGUGCUCAAGUUCCUUGCUGACGUCCUGUCAUUUGCGAGCCCCGUGUUACUAAACAGGCUUGUCAUGUUCCUCGAGGAAGGACCAGGCCAGGGACCAGCAUGGUCCGGCUAUGCCUACGCAUCGGGUCUUGCUCUUGCCUGUCUCUUGGGUGCAUUCAUGUCAGCUCACUACAGUUACCUGGUGUCACGAGUGGGACUCAAGGCAAGGGCGAUUGUUGUGGCACUUGUCUACCAAAAGACACUGCGUGCCGAUGCGACAGAGCUGCGGAAGAGUUCAUCGGAAGCGCUGAAUUUGGUGACCACUGAUGCCGAUCGAAUCGUUAAUCUCUUCGGAAGCUUUCAUGAGGCGUGGAGCUUGCCACUUCAGGUAGCAGUUACUAUGUUCUUGCUGUGGCAGCAAAUAGGCCUGGCCUUUCUCGCUGGUGUCGUGGUGGCCGUUUCGCUGGUCCCUGUGAAUCGGUCCAUCGCGCUCAAUAUUGGACGACUGAGCACUGGCAUGAUGGCAUUCAAAGAUGAGCGUAUAAAGCUCAUGUCAGAGGUGCUAUGGGGCAUGCGGAUGAUCAAGAUGCACGCAUGGGAAGCCCUUUUCCAGGAACGGGUAGAGAGCAUCCGGAAGAAGGAGGUGGUGUUCCUUCGGCAGCGGAAGUACCUGGACGCCCUGUGCGUCUUCUUCUGGGUCGUGACGCCCGUGCUCAUGUCAGUCCUGUCCUUCGUCACCUACGUGCUCCUAGGGCACCGCCUUACUGCUGCAAAGGUGUUCACGUGCCUUGCCCUCUUCAACCUGCUCAAAGUACCCCUCAACGCCUUCCCCUGGGUCAUCAACGGUUGCAUGGAGGCAUGGGUGUCGUUGAAGCGCACCCAGUGCUUCCUCAACCUGCAAGAUUUUGCUCCCGCAGGCUACUAUACCACCUCAAAAGACGAUGACCAGCUCGUGCGGGUCACCAAUGGUGUCUUCCACUGGGGUGGCUUGACGGGCGAUGCCACUCUGCCAGUGGCCAUUAGUGGAGCCCAGGGUCGCAACUUCAUCCUAGGACCUGUCAAUGUGACGCUGCGGAAGGGUCAACUGGUGGGCGUGGUGGGUCGGGUAGGCAGCGGCAAGAGCACACUACUUGCGGCUAUCACGGGCGACAUCUGCCGGGUCCAGGGGACGGUGACGCUCCAGAGGCUGGACAUGGCCUUGGGUCUAGUGCCGCAGCAGCCGUGGCUCCAGCGCGGCACGGUUCGUGCCAACGUGCUCUUCGGCCGGCCGUUUGAUGCAACCCGCUAUCAGGCAACUCUCGAAUGCUGCGCCCUUCUCGACGACCUAAAGUCACUGCCCGCUGGCGACUUGACGGAAGUUGGCGAGGAAGGUCAGACACUCAGCGGCGGCCAGAAGCGGCGAGUUGCUCUGGCUCGAGCCUUGUAUCAGGACUGUGACGUGUACCUGCUGGACGACCCGCUCUCAGCACUGGAUGCUCACGUGGCGCAGCAAGUCUUUGAACGCUGCAUUGUCGGUGCCAUGCGAGGAAAGGCCCGGCUGCUCUGCACCCACCAAGUGGGCUUCCUUGCGCAGGCUGACCACGUGAUUGUGCUGAGGGAUGGCAAGGUUGUCGCAGAGGGUCCACCGUCCACAGUACUUAAGUCAUCCGUCAUCGAGGCACUGCCAGAGCUGGCAGCAUCCGAAGAACCGUCUCUGCCCAAGACAUCAUCGUCAUCUUCAGCAGCGAAGUCCAGCCAUGAGGCAAGCUCAGCCAUGUUCCAAGAAUCCAGCAGAAUGCUUGUCGAAGAGGAGGAACGAGAGUUCGGGGCAGUACGUCUGAGCACGGUGCGCUCUUACUGGGACGCGGUUGGCGCCUGGCUUGCUGCUACAGUCCUGCUGUCUCUCAUCCUCAUGCAAGUGUCCCGAACCUCCACCGACUGGUGGCUUGCUGUUUGGGUCUCGUGGGCCAACACCACUAAAAAUGUGCAAAAUCAUCGCCUCAUCAGAGAUACAAACAGUGAUGUCAUGAAUGUGUUCCUGCCGAUCUACGGUGGCCUGGCCGUGGCCAAUGGUUUCCUGACGUUGGCUCGGGCUUUUUCAUUUGCCUAUGGUGGCGUCGUGGCUGCCGUCAAAGUCCACGACUUGCUCCUGGACAAGGUGCUCAAAGCACCCCUGUCGUUCCUGGAAGCCACGCCUGUGGGCCGGGUGCUAAACCGCUUCUCGACCGACGUCUGGUCGAUCGACGACACGCUGCCAUUCAUGUUGAACAUAGUGCUCGCACAGAGCGUGGCUCUGGCAGGCACGUUGGUGGUCACCUCCUACGGCCUGCCCUGGGUGCUUCUCUUGCUCAUACCCCUGGCGUUUGCAUACAACUCUCUGCAGCAAUACUACCGUUGGACAUCACGAGAGCUGAGACGUCUGGGCAGCAUCACGCUGUCGCCUGUGUACUCACACUUCACCGAGACGUUUGCUGGUCUCUCGGUCAUCCGCAGUUUCAAGGCAGUGUCCAGGUUCUGCCAGGAGAACCUGCACAAGCUAGCAGUCAAUCAGCAGGCAGUGUUUGCGUCACAGGCGGCAUCUCAGUGGCUUAACCUGCGACUGCAGCUCAUGGGUGUCCUGCUCACUUCAGGCGUCGCCUUCCUGGCCGUGGUGCAACACCAGGUCCGAGGGGUCAGUGCAGGUUUUGUGGGCCUUGCGCUGUCCUACGCACUCUCGAUCACCUCCCUGUUGAGCAGCCUGGUCACGUCGUUCACGGACACUGAGAAAGAAAUGGUUAGCAUGGAGCGAGCUGACCAGUACAUCAAGGGACUCGAGGAAGAGAGGCUGGACGGUGGCAUCCUGCCUCCCUUUGGAUGGCCAUUCUGCGGUGCAGUCAAGUUCAGCAAGGUAACACUUCGCUACCGUCCUGGACUACCUGCUGCGCUAAGCGGCAUCAGCUUUGAGGCAGCGAAGGGCUCCAAGGUGGGCAUAGUGGGCCGCACAGGCGCCGGCAAGUCCAGCCUGCUCCAGGCUUUGUUUCGGCUUACCCCUGUCGAGAGUGGGCAAAUCUACAUAGACGGCGUCGAUGUUCUUCGCAUGCAUCCCAAGGAAGUCAGGUCUCGGCUAGCGGCCAUCCCGCAGGACCCGUUCGUGUUCUCUGGCUCGGUGCGAGACAAUGUGGACCCACGGGGGCUGCAUUCAGAUGCCCAGAUUUGGCAGGCCCUGGACAGGUGCCAGUUGGGACGUACCAUCCGGUCGCUCCGCAACAGCAGUGCUGGAGCAGGCACAGGCCUGGAAGCAAGCCUGGGGCCGCGCGGUUCUUUACUGAGCACUGGACAGCGUCAGCUUCUAGCCCUGGCUAGGGCCCUUCUGUACAAGGCACGGGUCCUUUGCCUCGACGAGGCAACUGCGGGCAUAGACGCCGAAACUGAUUGUGCAAUUCAGGAGACAAUUCGAAGCACAUUCCAAGACACCACCAUACUUGUGAUAGCCCACAGGGUGGAAACUGUUCUAGACUGUGAUCAAGUCCUAGUCAUGUCUCACGGCAAGGUCAUCGAGUCCGGCAUUCCGCGGGAACUUCUCCGUAUCGGUAAUGGACACUUCCGCGCCCUCGUUGAAGCUUCUCGCAAGAAUGGAGGCACUGUGCUAAUUGAGACAGCGGAAGCAGAUGACAACGAUGUUCCAUUAAUAGGGUUUUCUGAUCCAUAGCGUCCUUCGCAAUGUAACUCAUAUAGUGGCACAGCUUUAUUUAAACAAUGCUUCCUCAAGGAUGCGUUACGUGCAACUUAGUUAGGAUGGGGACAACAAGAUAGAAAGCACAUGACACUCUCUGUUGAAUAAUUUAGUUAAACAUUUAUUGAGCAUGUUAACAUGCAUUGCAGCAGAGUGGACAGUAUGUUUAACUUUUAAAGGGAACAGCAAACUCAUAGUCAAAGUAAUUAAAGUGCUACAGUUUAUCAGUUUCGUUGAAAAGAAGUGACUGAUAAAACAUUUUUGAAGGUAGUGACAAACACACAACUUCUCUGUAGGUGUGUGUUUGCCAAUUGCUUGUGCCAUUUCUUGUGUUGUUCCCUUAAAAAUGUUGCCCUACCAACUAGCUCGAAUUCAUACUUUAAUGAUAAAACAUGUUUUGCAGACAUGGCAGCCUAAAAAUAUAUUUCUGCAGGCCUUGUCGUCAUGUUUCAGCUGUGACAGUGGAAAACAAACUGUGUUUGUGGUAGGAAUGGGCCAUAGCAUACAACAGCGUAAAUUCUCUUACUGCUUGUCAAAUGAUCAGUAUCACUUUUUCAGUUGACCAAUUAACUUUGUGCUGGAAACUCUUCCCCACCCCUUUUAUUUUGUUAUUGUUGAUAGGAUUUUAACCUUCCACUCAAAGGUAGGAAGUUUGCUGCAGAUCAAUGAUUCGAACAUGCAGUUAGACAAGUUGAGAACACCUGAAACAAUGGCAGAUGGAAAGAAUGUGCUGUACUCUCAACUAAACUUGCUUCAUUGAGGGCAGUAGUUUACAUACAUAGAUGGAACAAGAAAGGUAAUAACUUCACGCAAACUAGCAAGAACCAAACACCUGGUGAAAUAGAACCAACUACAGUACAUGUGCUCUUUAGAUAGUGAAACUUUUUGUAAGCAGAUGAACACAUUUUCCAUUAACCUUUCUUUUAAAACUGAAUGCUUCAAUACCUUACAGCAUGAUUUUUAUGAUGUGAUGAGAUGGGAACAUCAGUAACAAAUGUAUAAUAAAUAGUAUAAUCACAGGGAUAUCAGCGGUUACUCAAACUAGAGUACUUAUUUGCAAGAUGAAACUCAUGUUUUUGCAUGGCUGUGUUCUUUCAGCAGAUGUUAAUUGGGAAUAUCUUGAGUACUUUAGUUGAGAGUACAGUGUAUGCUGUGUCAAUUUCCUAUUCUUGUUCUCAUACACGGUGCAUGUUUUAAUUGUGUUGCAUGAUGCGUGUCAUGAAUAAUUUUUCCUGUUGUCCCUGUCUUUGUUUUGUGAUGAAGUCAUCUUGGGGAGGAGGCCGCUCAUGGACCGCUUGGGCCCCUAAUGCUCAGACAAGGAACCAAAACAGCGCAGAGAACAAGAAAGCCAUGUUGACAGUGAGAAGUGUUCACACAUUGCCUGAAAGAAAAUAAUGUUGAAUAAUAUUUAUACUUUCAAACACUAUAUAGAUGCACAAAAGACUAUGUGAACCCUAGGAGCACCUUGGAUGAAGUCUCUUGUCUGUCAUAUGCCUAGCUACCUAAUCACGAAAAAAAAAAAAGAAAGAGGACCGCGAGAUGUGCACUGUAGGCGUGAAGGCAACAGCCAUCAUUCAACAAGUACACAACUCUUUCUUUUUCUUUUUAUAUUGCAAGCAUGCCUAUUUUGCUAUGUUGACUACCUGAAGAUUAGUAAACUUGUGCCAAAGCAUGAAAAAUGCCAGUGUCAAACCAAGAAGUGAAAGCUACUUUAGAAAAAUUACAUUAAUCUGUAUGGCACACAUCUUGUCACCUAUGUGAGGUAUUCACAGUGUUAUUCGCUGCAAAAAUAUAAGAUGGAAGAUUGCAUGAACCGUGAAGACAUUGACGACAUUCCACAAUCGUUCGCAUGUCGACUCUAAUUGAUUGACAAUUUGGUGUGGCCCACUGUUUUCGACAUGACAUUUCUAGUUCUCUGCGCUAUUUUUGAUGUCCCUUGAGCAGUUCAGUUGAAUUCAAGAAGCAAGCACAGUCCAGCUGUAAGUUCCAGUGGCAACUUGGAACUUUACAAUCUGAGGCUGUGGUUCUUCCCUGUGAUAUGCUACGAAUAAAACAAGUGUUAGUGAAGCCAGUGCUCUAGGCAUUAAUACUUGCCACUUGUAUUUGCCGCUCUGUAUAUUUCUAGAUACGACCAUGUCAUCUUUUCUGCCAAUGCAGAGGUAUAUAUAUAUAUAUAUAUAUAUAUUUUUUUUUUUUUUUUUCAUUUUGUGCACUAUUUACAAAGCAAGUGUGAUGGCGCAAUUGUUCCACUGCUUGGAGGUGACUAUGCUAAAACAAGGUGCGUAUGGAGAAAUAAACAAACAUGCAACACACACAUUUAACUAUUACACAAAGAAAACCUUGGCCACUAAAAGAUACUGAACUCGUAUUCACAAAAAUUCUCGAGAGGAUUUUCAGAUUUGUUGGCAUCCACAGCACGAUAGUGAUUGGCACGAUGAGACCUUGGCAGGCAAUGACCAAUUCUGGAAGGCAUUCGCAAAAGAGAUGUUUUGUGAAUACAUGUCCUGAUCCUUUCUUUUAUGUCACCAAGGUUCUUGUCUUUUUGCUAACGAUUUGCACACUUCUUGCUGUUUGGAGCCUCAAAUGGUUGAAGAGCACAUAUUGUGCAUUACGUAAGUGAAUUCCCCAGUGAACUCGGUAUACUGAACACUGUCGAUGUUUUAUCAUUUCGCAUUCACAAAAGAAUUCUGUGCGUAGCCAUUAAAUUCCAAGUGUUUUCCACACAAAAGGUGGCAAAAUAAUUUCAUAAUUUAUCUGUUAAUUCAUCAAAUUCUACUAAGUUGGAAUGUGGAGGGCAAAGUUGAAUGCACAAAAUAACUUCAUAAUUACGUAAGGCCAUCAGACUCACACAGGAUAUAUAUGGCCUGCCUCCAUACAAGCUUUUGAACAGCUAAAGCUGUACACAGUUAUAGAAGCCAUGGCUGCCAUUAGAGAUAGAUAUUGUGGGAGAUGUCUACAGCAGUUCACAAGCCACUGACUUGAGCUAAAGAAUGACAAGCUUGGAAAGGUUGUGUUGUUAGCUCCAGUAAUAAAGUAACAUGGAAUCUCCAGACAAGACAAUGUUUAGUUUACUUCAUGAAUCUCGCUGUGUUAUGUGCAAUGCUAAAUGUUGUGCCUCAGCCAUUCUGUUCGGUACAUAAAAAUGCUGCACUCAAAACGUGAUGCCUGCUUCUUUGUUUAUUGUUCGAACAUCCUGUUAAGCAGAGACUGUGCUGCUGCUUCUUAGCCCACAGUCAACUUGCGCGAAUCCAACCUCCAUCAGAUGUGCAAAACUAGUCCAAAUCAUGUGAUGAUUUAAUGUAGAUAAAUGUUUUGACAUGUGUG